GGUCUGGGAACUGAACAAGUUGCUAAAAAAGUGGAUUUCUGUGAGCACUUGAGUGCAGAAGACGGGGGAAGCUGAGGCAAACGGCUUCUGCUCAUCUUGGGCCUACCCUUUUCCUAGAGGGAAGUCCAAGAGACCAGGUGAUGGCAGCUACUACAAUCUUCCCCACAGCCAGGCCCCAGGAACGUGUUGUUUCAGGGGUUGCUGAACUUUGAAGAUGUGGCAGUAACUUUCAAUCAGGAGGAGUGGGGGUAUCUGAACCCUGCCCAGAGGAGCCUGUACAGGGAUGUGAUGCUGGAGAAUUUUGGGAACAUGGUCUUGUUGGGGCUCCCCAUCUCCAAACCUGACUAGAUCUGCAUGUUGGAGCGAGGGGAAGAACCGUGGGGCCUGGAUCCAUGGGGAACUGAAGAAAGAAAAUUCCAAGGGGAUUGUGAAGCCAGGACUGAGAACAAGGAGUUGAUAUUAAAACAGGAAAUUUCUGAAGAAGUUGACUCAAAAGGAGAAAUAUUAGAAAUACUUUUAGGUGGGGUUCCUCAGGAUCUACUGCUUGAAGAAUCCUGUGAACUUGAGGACCGUUUAGAGAGGCAGAUGGAAAAUCUGGUUGGGGAGAGAGAGGGCACUUUCCUGCACCAGCAGAGACGUUCAAAACAAAUGACAGUUGCCUACCAGGAAACUCCAAGAGAAGACAGUGACCAUGUAGUGACAUAUCACAGGUCUCCUACAGGAGAGAGACCUUACAAAUGUGAUACGUGUGGCCAAGGCUUCAAACGCAGUUCUGAUCUUAUUAAACAUGAGAAAAUGCAUAGUGGGGAAAAGCCCUAUGAAUGUAAUGAAUGUGGGAAAGCCUUUAGUUGGAGUUCAGCCCUUAUUCAGCACCAGAGAAUUCACACUGGAGAGAAACCUUAUGAGUGUAAGGAAUGUGGGAAAGCCUUUGGGUGGAGCUCGGAGCUUAUUCGACACCAGAGAAUUCACACUGGAGAGCGGCCCUAUGAGUGUAGCGAAUGUGGGAAAGCUUUUGUUAGAAGCUCAGCUCUCAUUCAACAUCAGCGGAUACAUACUGGUGAGAAGCCCUAUGAAUGUAAUGUUUGUGGGAAAACCUUCCGUCACAGGCCAACACUUGUUUACCAUCAGGGAAUUCAUACUGGGGAGAAACCCUAUGGGUGUAGUGUAUGUGGGAAAGCCUUUACCCAGAGCACUACCCUUAUUGAACAUAGAAGAAUUCACACUGGAGAGAAGCCCUAUGAAUGUAAUGAGUGUGGAAAAGCCUUCAGUAGGAACUCAGCCCUUAUUCAACACCAGCUAAUUCAUACUGGAGAGAAACCUCAUAAGUGUAAUGAUUGUGGGAAAGCUUUCCGUCACAGAUCAGCUCUUAUUUAUCAUCAGAAUUCAUACUGGCAAGGAACUCUUUGGAUGUAAUGGAAAUUUGAAAGCCUUUAGCCAAUUUCUUCUAUGUUAUCACCACUUAUCUCAUAUUUUAUAACUGUGGAGAAUUCAUACCACUGGGAAAUCCAACCUACAGGAAGCACUAGGAAUGCCUUUCAAUACAGGUCAAUUGCUGUCAUUGAAAUUCAUCAUUGUAAAUUAGAUGUUUCCAUCACAGUAAAGGGAUUUGGGUGUUAGAGUUUGCCUAAAACAUACUUUAGUCCUUCAAUAAGCAGUGCCUCGUUUAGGUAGCUACGAGGCUUUCCAGGUCCUUUUUCUAGUUUUUCCCUGCUCUAUCCUCACUUAGAAGGUUAUAGUGUUAAUGACCACUUUUUUAAUAUUUACUUGGAACAACUCUGUUUUAACCAUUCCCCAAGUUUUCUUGACCUGAUGCAUUUCACGUGUCUUCCAAAGCGACGAGAUUUUGUGCAGAGUUUGGUUCUCUGUUCUUCCUUUUCUUUGUUUUUACGGUUAUUAGUUUCUUUUUAGAAACCUGUGGUUUGUCCUCUUCCCCUAAUUUGCCAGUUUUCUAAACUAGACAUUCUUUUUGGAAUGACACAUUGAAUCAGCACUUUACAAUCUGACUUCUUAAAGAAGCCAGUCUGUUUGUUUGUUUUUUAACAAAACCAAUCACAAUUUAAAUAAAGCUAAACCAUCAGAUGCUUCAGAUAUAUUAGAAAAGUAAAACAAAUGUCUUCUUGUUUGUGGAUAAGGGAAUCCCUUAGUAAAAGCACAGAUCUUGACCAACAUCUGAAAAGUCACGCCACACAGACGUGAAUGGAAUUAAUUUGUGAGUCUUGUAGCUCUAAGAAUUCACAUUGAGCCAACACCAUGAACAACUAUAACAACUGUAAGCUCACAAGCAGGGCAAGUGAGCCCUGUGGAGCCCCAAAUUCAGUAUCACAUGCGAAUAAAACUACUGAUUAAUGUUUGUUGAUUGGCUGUCUGAAAAAAAAAAUUCUUUGAUAAUGUUUUUAUGUUACCCUUAUAGAGCAACAGCCAAGGGAAAGCUUUAGAAAUUAGAAUUCACCCCCACCAAAUCUUUCUCCAUUGGGAAAAUAGGGCAGGGCAGAAUAACUUGACUUUACAGUUCCUACUCAGAGGGACUGUGAGUGCUGGCAGUUCCUUAUGAUCUGAAAGGAGGCUGAUGCCUGGAACAAGGACUUAAUACUUAAUGUCUGUUUGAGGAAUGAGAUGAUGAACUUUGAUAAGUAGAAGUCCAAGUGCAGGUGACCUCCAGGCAACUAUGAGAGAUAUACCAGCCUGGGAAGGUUAGGACUGGAGAUAGAAAUUUGGGAGCCAUCCACAAAUGGAAUAAGGUUAAGUAUUCCAAAGUUUUGUGCCACCAUUUAACUGCAGUCAGGCUGUAUCUGAGAGAGAGAUUGUUAGCAUUCCUGUGGGGAGCAUACACAUUCGGUACAGUAAUGUUCCUGAAGGUUUAAGAUUCUGCAGAUGGGUGGAAUAUUCCUAAUUUUUGGUGUUUAGCUCUUGUUUCUGAACUCCAGAAAUGAAGACAUUUGGGUUUAAUUGCACUAGGUUAAAACCAUAGUGAUAAAUGUAAGGCCAGCUGGAGAAGGGGGUGAGGGAGAAAAGGAAACCUGCUGUAACUGUCACUGUUUGAUAUAUGAUUAACAAUAAAAUAUCUUGUGAUAUG